AUGGCGGACAAACUUAAACAUAUCUGAAAAAUUUGUCGAGCAAAAUGGUCUUAACUAAGUCAUAUUUACGUUAUGAAGCAUCUGGAUGUUUUGGUAUCGUAGGAAGUCUUAAGGCAAAUGUUCUYUUUGUCGAUGGGAAAAGAUUUGGGCAGAAAAAUACCACUCGAUUGGCUGUUUGUGCGGCGUUGCAAGAUAUCGUCGUUUGGGAUACAAGAAAACAAGAGAAGGUUUGUGUUUUAAARGGAGGCAAAUAUGAAAUAACAGCAAUGGCCAUUGAUGGCCAGCAGAACAACCUCGCUGUUGGGUAUGAUGAUGGUACCAUAAAGAUUUGGAGUCUGACAGAUGGGACUUCACAAGUCACAUUCAGUGGGCAUAAAUCAGCAGUUUCAGUUCUUCAGUUUGAUUAUUCUGGUGGUCUUCUUGCAUCUGGAGGCAGAGAUACAGAUGUUAUUGUUUGGGAUAUUGUGAGUGAAACUGGCUUGUACAGGUUCAAUGGACAUAAAGGCAUGGUAACACAGUGCUACUUUUUAAAGUCAAAGAACAUCCUGAUUACGAGUUCAAAAGACAUGUUUGUGAAGAUGUGGGAUCUAGACACGCAACAUUGCUUUUUGACUCUUGUAGGACACAGAAGUGAGGCCAAUAGAAUGAGCCUACUCACAUGGGCUCACAUAGUGUCAUCAAUAGCUGUCUCUCAAACAGGACAAGUUUUGGGCUGUUUGGGCAAUGACUCACAGCUGGAGUUGUUUCGAAUUGCAUCUGAAGAAGAGAUAAACAAAACUUUACAAAAGAGAUUAAAGAAAACUUUGAAGAAGCAAAGAAAAGGAGAUAAACCCCAAGAUGUCCAGGAACAGACUGUCAAGAGAUCAGUGGAUGAUGAAUUAGUGAGGAUAUUCACACUCAAGAGCUCUGCAAGAAUUAAGGCAUUUGAUUUAUAUCAACAAGAAGGCGGAACUAAUAUAAAGCUUCUUCUUCUGCUCCAAAACAAUGCCAUUGAAGUUCAUGAAAUUCCUAUGAAAGGCUCCAUUCCUAAGUCAACACUGACUGAAUUUGUGAAAAGACCUGGACACCGCUCUGAUAUCAGGACACUGAGCUUGAGUUCUGAUGCAAUGUGCGUUUUAUCUGGGUCACAAGAAUCCAUUAAAGUUUGGAACAGAGAAACCCGCCAAUGUAUACGCACCAUGGAGACCGGUUAUGCUCUGAGUUCCUUCUUUGUUCCUGGAGACAAACAUGUAAUUGUUGGCACAAAGGAAGGCAAAAUUGAGAUAUUUGAUAUCGCUGCUGGAUGCCUUCUAGAGACUGUGGAUGCACAUAAUGGUCCUGUUUGGAGCUUAUCGUUAGCCUCAGAUAAACGUGGAUUUGUGUCUGGCAGUGGAGACUGCUGUGCAAAGUUUUGGGAAUUUGAGCUUGUGACAGAUGAAAACUACUCAAAAUCCAGUAAACGUCUAAGCAUAGCACAUGUGCAAACUCUCAAGCUCAAAGAGGAGGUGCUUUGUGUGAAAUAUAGUCCAAACCAGAAGUUUCUGGCAGUCAGUCUUCUGGAUUGUACAGUGAAGGUAUUCUUUGCUGACACUCUUAAGUUUUUCUUAUCUCUAUAUGGUCACAAACUGCCUGUUAUGGCAUUGGACAUUUCUUCGGAUAGUACGCUGAUUGUUACUGGGUCAGCUGACAAAAAUAUCAAAAUAUGGGGUCUGGACUUUGGUGAUUGUCAUAAGUCCAUAUUUGGGCAUGAUGACAGUAUUAUGAGUCUUCAGUUUAUAUCCAAUACACAUUACUUUAUGUCUGUCAGUAAAGACAGAACUCUCAAAUACUGGGAUGCUGACAAGUUUGAGCAGAUUAUGGUGUUACAGGGGCAUCAAGGAGARGUUUGGUGUCUGGCAGUCAGUCCAAAUGGUGAAUUUGUGGUUACUGGGUCACAUGACCGGUCAUUGCGACUUUGGGAACGAACAGAUGAACCKUUAAUUAUUGAAGAGGAACGGGAGCAGGAAAGAGAAGCUGCUUAUGAGCAA